GAAGGAAGCAAGGAGGGACAACGCCCUGUGAAGCAGUCCCUGAGCGCCUGCAUGUGCCGAGAAUCCCACUGGAAAUGCCUCCUCCUCUCCAUCCUCAUGUACGGCUGCCUGGGUGCGGUGGCCUGGUGUCAGCUGGCCCGGGUCACCAAGCUCAGCUUCGAUAGCUCCUUCAAGGGCAAGUCCAUGAUCUACCAUGACAGCCCGUGCUCGGACGGCUAUGUCUAUAUCCCGCUGGCCUUCCUCUCUAUGCUGUACGUGGUGUACCUGGUGGAGUGCUGGCACUGCCACGUCAAGAGAGAGCUGCAGUACAAGGCGGACGUGGACAGUGUCUAUGAAUGCAUCAACCGCAUGCAACAAGCCACUCCGUGCAUCUGGUGGAAGGCCAUCAGCUACCACUUUGUGCGGCGAACCCGGCAGGUGACCCGGUACCGCAAUGGUGAUGCCUACACCACCACGCAAGUCUACCACGAGAGGGUCAACACCCAUGUGGCUGAAGCUGAGUUUGACUACUCUCACUGUGGAUACAAGGACAUCUCCAAGGAGCUCCUGGGUCUGGAGAGCUACACAGCCACAAAGCUGAGGUUCACCAAGUGCUUCAGCUUUGCCAACAUAGAGUCUGAGAACUCUUACCUGACUCAGAGGGCUCACUUCUUCACGGAGAUUGAGGGGCUGGAUGACUACAUGGAGGUGAGGGAAGGCAUGCAGCUCAAAAACGUGGACUUUAAAGAGCUUAUGAUGGCCUACGGGGACCCGGAUCACCUCCCAUGGUAUGUGUCCCACUAUGCUUUCUGGGUGGCAGCUAUCCUGAUGAUCUCGUGGCCGCUCAGGGUACUCAUAGAGUAUCGAACUGCUUAUGUUCACUACCACGUGGAGAAGCUGCUGGGCCUGGAGUACACGGCGCCCGCAGCGGCGGAGGAGCCCUUGUACCGGUACCGCAUGCCCCGAGACGCCACGCAGGACAGCACCGAGCUGGAGUGGCACAUCUGCACCAACCGGCAGCUGAUCCCCAGCUACUCGGAGGCCAUGCUCAUGGACCUGGCUGACUCCCCAGCCUACAACAGUUACGCGGUGUGCCGGUACGGCGACACGGCCCACGGCUGCGAACGCUGCAACCGUGCCUCCAGCACUUCCUCCAUCUUCUCGCGGCACGCUUUCCACAGCUGCAGCGGCAACUCCCGCCUCUCCCUCAACACCAGCCGCUUCUCCCUCUGCCGCGUCCACGGCUCCCACAGGACAGGCCUCUGGAGGAGCCGCAGCAGCAGCAUCGCGGACCGGGGCUGCCAGGACGAGCAGUGCUGCUCCUACUCCAGCCAGCUGGCUGUCAACGAAAACCCACCAACCUACCACGACGCCCGCUUCUUCCCCGUCCUGAUUGUGCACAGGCCGGAGGCGCACGAUGGGCGGCAUUUCUACGUCAGGCGCUCCUCCUGUCUAGAAACUUCUCUGUGA